CUGAAUGAAGCAGAAGCUGAUUGGACAGAAACCUGAGUAUAAAUCACAGGAGAGCUUUUAAUUAUCAUUGGAUUGGUUUGUUACAUUUAGUUGUUAUUAUUAUUGGAUGGUUGCCGUGGUGCUGUGGACAGGUGAGUUUUACUUCCUCAUUCCAUUAUACUUCACUUACUGGUGAUGUCAUAAUACAUGUCCAUGUCUAAGACUGCCUUAAUGUGCUUUUAGUAAUUACUCAGAUUAAUUCAGAACACAUUGUGUGUGUGUGAGUGAUAACUUCAGAACUGCUAAUGAUUUCAAAUCAUUUUUGACAGAUAUGAGGGGAAAAUCCCCGGCACUGCACCCCAGAGAAUGAGACAGACAGACUGAUGGACAGACACCUAAUGACAAAAAAUAGACAGAAUAAUAGAUAGAUGGACAGACACUUAGAUGCUCAUACAAACUGACGGACAGAUUAAAAUAUACUCAGUAUAGAUAGAGUGAUAGACAGACAAGCAGACAGACCACUAGAAGGACUGACAGAGGGAUAGACAGUCUGAUGCCCACAGUCUCUUCUGUCAUUCAUCCAGGACGAUGCCUCCUGUUGUUGCUAUGGGCAACCCAUCUCACCAUGGCAACCAACUGGCUUUCUCUGGUGCGUGUGCCACGCUCUCGGCCCGUGUCUGGUUCAGGGGUGUGUGUUCGUCUGCGGGGUCUGUCUGUGGGGCAGGUGGGAGUGUGUAGGGCACGAGCGGAAGUGAUGGAGUCUGUACGCAGAGCGUCUGAGAUGGUCAUCGACGAGUGUCAGCAUCAAUUCCGUAAUCGGAGGUGGAACUGCUCUACUACUCCUCGUGGUGUUAAUAUCUUUGGCCGUGUUAUGUAUCAAGGGACACGGGAGGCAGCUUUUGUCCAUGCCCUCUCCUCUGCAGCUGUCGCCGUUGCAGUGACGCGAGGCUGCAGCCGAGGGGAGCUGGAGAGGUGCGGCUGUGACCGUAAGGUCAGGGGAGUUAGUCCUGAGGGGUUUCAGUGGUCGGGGUGUUCUGAUAAUCUGUCAUACGGUGUUGCGUUCUCUCAGACGUUCGUCGAUGAGCCUGAGCGACUGAAGGGCACAUCAUCGGGCCGACCGCUAAUGAAUAUCCACAAUAAUGAAGCAGGACGGAAGGCUAUCCUCCACAACAUGCAGGUGGAGUGUAAAUGUCAUGGUGUUUCGGGGUCCUGUGAGCUCAGAACCUGCUGGAAGGUGAUGCCUCCUUUCCGCAGAGUCGGCGCUGUACUGAAGGAAAGGUUCGACGGAGCAACAGAGGUGCGUUUGACUCGUAUCGGUUCUCGUGCCGCUCUACUGCCCAAGGACCCUGAUGUGAAGCCGCCUGCUGCCCGAGAUCUCGUCUACUUGGCCACCUCUCCUGAUUUCUGUCGCUUGGACCCUGAGAACGGCAUUCUGGGAACAGCUGGCCGCCGCUGCAAUGGAACAUCACGUUUAGCCCCAGACAGCUGUGAGCUGCUGUGCUGUGGUCCGGGUUUCCGCUCGGGGCGAGCCGAAGUGGUUCAGCGCUGUUCCUGUAAAUUCUCAUGGUGCUGCUCGGUUCGGUGUCAGCAGUGCAGAAACACAGUGCUCAUACACACCUGCAGAGAGUGACACACACACACACACACACAAACAAACAGAUGACUAACUACAUGAGACGAUGCCUUAAGGCGGAGAAUAACCCUGUAACCCCAGCUGUAGUGUGGAAAAGUGUAA